UCAUCUACCAAUGAUUUAACUGCAUCUACAAAUUUCACUACUCCAGCAGUUACCACUACUCUUCCUACCACUCCCAUUGGUCCAGCUACCACAACUCUGGCUCCCACUGCUACCCUUCCACUUUCCACUAAUGCAACUCUCGUUCCCACUAAUGCAACUUCUGGAGAAGGAGCGCCAAUGGCUCCCACUGAGACAGCGGUGACAACUCCAGCUCCCACUGCUACCCUUCCACUUUCCACUAAUGCAACUCUCGUUCCCACUAUGGCAACUUCUGGAGAAGGAGCGCCAAUAGCUACCACUGAGACAGCGGCGACAACUCCAGCUCCAACAUCUACAACUGCAGCAGGGCCCCUGACUUCUCCUCCAACCACAACUCCAGCUCCCACAUCUACAACUGCAGCAGGGCCCCUGACGACUCCUCUAACCACAACUCCAGCUCCCACAUCUACAACUGCAGCAGGGCCCCUGACGACUCCUCCAACCACAACUCCAGCUCCCACAUCUACAACUGCAGCAGGGCCCCUGACGACUCCUCCAACCACAACUCCAGCUCCCACAUCUACAACUGCAGCAGGGCCCCUGACGACUCCUCCAACCACAACUCCAGCUCCCACAUCUACAACUGCAGCAGGGCCCCUGACGACUCCUCCAACCACAACUCCAGCUCCCACAUCUACAACUGCAGCAGGGCCCCUGACGACUCCUCCAACCACAACUCCAGCUCCCACAUCUACAACUGCAGCAGGGCCCCUGACGACUCCUCCAACCACAACUCCAGCUCCCACAUCUACAACUGCAGCAGGGCCCCUGACGACUCCUCCAACCACAACUCCAGCUCCCACAUCUACAACUGCAGCAGGGCCCCUGACGACUCCUCCAACCACAACUCCAGCUCCCACAUCUACAACUGCAGCAGGGCCCCUGACGACUCCUCCAACCACAACUCCAGCUCCCACAUCUACAACUGCAGCAGGGCCCCUGACGACUCCUCCAACCACAACUCCAGCUCCCACAUCUACAACUGCAGCAGGGCCCCUGACGACUCCUCCAACCACAACUCCAGCUCCCACAUCUACAACUGCAAUUCACAUUAAAGCUAAUGCUACUACUCAAGACAUUGAGUGCCCAAGCUGCGGUACCGAUACAACAUGGACCAAAACGAAUGGAAGAUGUGGCUGCUCCUGCAGAUCUGGCUUCCAGCCCACCACACUUGCAUGGAUUGAAGGCCAGACGCAGUGCACAGACAUAUUGAGUCAACUAGGCAAUGUGAAAUGCCCAGAUUUACUGCAUACAACACAUUUUUGUUUAAUUGGCAAUAUUACGACGGAAUUGAGAAAGAAAACAUGCACCAACUGCAGCACCUCGGACAGGCUUGCGGGUGUGGCUGGUUCUUUAAACUCUCUGAUGAAUGCUAAGGAGCUUUGGAGUGGGCUGACCAUGGAGGAGACCGUUAAAGCAGCAAGUUUUUUUCUGAACACUACUGAGAGCCAGGUCAAAACCUUUCUGGAGCCAGCAAGUGACUGGAAGCCUUUGACUGUGGAAACACAAGAUCUGGCAAUAACACUGAAGAAUGGAUCUUCAUUGAAAGCACAAGAAACCACAAUGGAAGUUAACCUGAAGCCCCUCACUGAAGAACAAGGUUUUGCAGCAGCUGGCUUAGUCUCUUAUAUUGGGCUGGAGUUGGUUUUAGACCACACAUUUUAUCAGAGGGGACCUGAGGAGGAGUCUGGAAUGAUCCAAAUAAAUUCAAGAGUCAUCUCAGCUCUUUUAGAAAACACAGCGAACCUCGAGUCUGUGAAGUUCACUUUCAAAAACAAAAAUGAAACAAGAAAAGAUGACAGGCUGAUCUGCGUCUAUUUGAAAGAUGAGAAAUGGUGGUCCCGGGAUGGCUGUAAGACAGUGCAGUUUAAUGAAACGUACACAGUCUGCAGCUGUACUCAUCUCUCCACCUUCGCUGUCAUAAUGCAAAGGGAGACGUAUAAGGAAGACCUGCUGCUCCAGCUGAUCAGCUAUAUUGCAGUGGGGGCAGCCUUGUUAUGUCUCGCCCUUGCAAUUACAACAUUCAUCUGUACAAAGUGCAUUCAGAGAGCCAGCAACACCAUUCACCUGCACCUGAGUAUCAGUCUCUUCCUGGCUCACCUUCUCUUCUUAACUGGAGCGCUCCAAGUAGAGUAUGAGGUGCUGUGUGCAGUCAUAGCUGGGCUCCUGCACUACCUCUUCAUGGCUAGUUUUGCCUGGAUGUGCCUGGAGGGAGUGCAGCUCUUCCUGCUGGUGAGAAAGCUGAGGGAGGUGGGCCAGAGCAAGACACAGGCGCUGCGAAGGAGGUUCCUGCUGCUGGCUGGGUACGGCCUUCCUGCUGUCAUCGUGGCUGUGUCUGCUGGAGUCUUUCCAGAUGGAUAUGGGGAUAAAGAAAUAUGCUGGCUGAAGAAUGAACGGGAUUUCCGCUGGAGUUUUCAUGGCCCCAUAUAUUUCAUAAUCGCAGUUAACAUCUUUCUCUUUAUUGCAAUUCUGUGGACUCUGAAAACGACACUGUCUGUGCUGAAUGCAGACGUAUCCAAACUUAAAGAUACUAGGUUGCUGGUUUUUAAAUCCCUGGCGCAGUUUUUGAUCAUGGGCUGUACCUGGGUCCUGGGGUUUACGGUGCAAGAUCAAAUGUUCAGAUUGUUGUUCGUCAUCCUCAACUCUCAGCAGGGGUCCUUUAUUUUCAUUGUGCAUUGCUUGCUGAACAGAGAGGUGAGAGCAGAAUACAGGAAAUGGUUCACCAUUCUCUGCAGACGGAGGAAUACCUUUAGCAUUACCACGAAGUCUGCUGGAUGCACCUCAAAGGGUAAAACUGCUCCUGAAUCCAAAUUCAAGAUGGUAGAAACUACAACAUGCAGCCUGAGGAACAACUAAAAAGUCAUUUUAUACUUCAGCGUACAUCGGGACAUUUGAUUCCAGCAGACUGGUUCAACGCUGUUCUAAAAUAAUUCAUUGGCUUGUUUAACCAACUGAUUGACACGUGUGGGGUAUGAUUUAUGUAGGGUUUAUAUAUUUCAUGGGAAAUUACUUUCAUAAAUAAAAAAAUACCGUAAAUCUGUGAUGUAACCGUGCACCAUGCUCUCCGAUGCAUUGCACACACUUCUUAUCAUUCCUGUCAUGAGUUUGUUGUAUUGCACUUUCCUAUGGAUACCCCGGUAACAUUACAUUCCUCUGCAUACCAGACACAGCAACAAACAAUCCAGUCAGCUACUAACUCUGCCUUCACACAAGAAACAGCAUAUCACGUUUAAAGUCUGUAACACACUAUGGAGCACUUAGAUUUUUAGAUUUUGUUCAGUGAAAUAUGUAUCUUAUAAAAAAUGCUAUUUGAAAUGAAGAGUAAGGCUAGAUUUAAAUGUAAUGCGACGCCUCCCUCUUUUUGCCAUUUCUCUCCCUGCACGGCCAGGUAAAUAACAUUAAAUGCGACUUCUUGUUUAAUUUUUUUAUUUGUAUUUUGUUAUUGCAUUUUAAGAGUAAGAUCCCACCACUAUAUUUGAAAAGCGCCAAUACAUUUCUAUGGUACGAUGUUGAUUCAAAACACAGGCUGAUUGAAUGCAACAACUAGAAUAAGCUUAGGAGUUCAAAUAUCAUGCUUUUUCAUAUCACACAGCUUUUCUCAAAGACUUUUCUAACAUUACUGGUAAAUAACGUAUUAACAAAUCAUUAUUUCCCUGUGUUUUACAGAUCGUUCAAUUAUAUUGUACAUUAAGAUGAGUAAUCAAAACACUUAUGUCCAAUGAUUUAAUAUUCAAGAACCAUUCUAUUUAAAUAACUGUAUUAAAUUAUUUUACGUGACCAUUUUUAUCCAGGUGCAAAAUAAUGUCACAAUAAUCAGUCACGUCUACACAGCUGUAUCUUAAAAUGGAUAUAAUCAAACUUAAUAAACUUUGACUUGAUGUGAAAUAUAUUUGAUGUAUUUUAUGUUUAUUUUAUUUUUAAAUGCAUCUCUCUGCUUGUUAUGAACAACACGCUCUAUGUAUCUUCUAACAUUAAGACUGCAUCACGCUUUUUAAAAAUAAAUA